GGUAUCAGAAUAUUUAGAAAAGGAACUAAAACCCUAACCGUCUUUCUCUCCUAUCCUUCUGCUGUCCCUCUGCCGUCACCGGCAUCGCUCCCUGCCGCCGUUCUUCCCCUACUUUGUAAACAAACUGAACACUCAAGUUUCAUACAAGUGGAGGUGAAUUUUAAAGCCAGUAGAAAAUGCAGAAUGAUGAGGUUAUAUGGCAAGUUCUCAGGCAUAAACACUGCAGUUAUAUGGCCAAAAUUACUGCUGGAAUUUUUUGUCGGAAUGAGUACAAUUUAACUGGAAUUUGUAACCGAAGCUCAUGUCCACUAGCCAAUAGUCGUUAUGCAACCAUCCGUGAUCAUGAUGGAGUCUUUUACUUGUAUAUGAAAACCAUAGAGAGAGCUCAUAUGCCAAACAAGCUAUGGGAAAGAGUGAAACUGCCUCGCAAUUACGAAAAAGCCCUUGAAAUCAUCGACAACAAUCUGAUGUAUUGGCCAAAGUUUCUUGUACACAAGGCAAAACAACGGUUGACUAAAAUGACACAAAUGCGUAUACGCAUGAGGAAGCUUGCCCUUAAAACAAGGGAAAAGAUAAUGACAACUCCUAGAAAAGAAAAGAAGAGAGAAGCUAGAAGAGAGGAAAAGGCUGAAAAGGCAGCAGUAUUGGACAAGAAUAUCGAAAAGGAAUUGUUAGAGCGUUUAAAAAAUGGAACAUAUGGUACUGAGAUAGUUAAUGCUCAUGCUGAAGCAUUUAAUAAGUUUAUUGAACAAUUUGAGGGACCAGAAAUGGAUGUUAAUGAAGAGUACGAGAUGGAAACGGAAUUUGUUGAAGGCGAGUAUGAAGAGGAAGAUGAUAUAGAGGAUUACAAUGGCCUUCCAACCGGUGAUGAUGACGAUUUGGAUGAUGGAGAUGAAGAUGAUGAUGAGGAGGAUGAUGCUGAGGUGGCAGUGGAUAGAAAGAGAGGAAGGAAAGAUUCGAAAUAUGCUUUGAAGAAGCAGGAGAGAGAUGCUAAGAAGAAGAAAGGAAGAGUACUUGUUGAGGUUGAGCAUGAAGAUACAGAAACAAGGCAGAAGGCAAUUUUAUGAGUGGGAGACUUUAAAAGCUUUUAAAUUUUGAUGCUCUAAAAAUCAAGUUAAUGCAUUCGUGUUGUAAAAGUUUUGAUCUCCUUUUACUUUUGAAAUUCUUUUUCUUAUUUUAAAUUAAUUCGUAGGAUGUUUUUUCUUUUAUCAAGAGUUGUGUUUUUUUAAGGAGGAAAUUCGAGUAUUGUUGAAGUAAUUCAUGAUCAAAUGUUCUAUAAAAUACUUAAAGUAAAGAUGGUAUUUUUUUUUAAUUGGGUGUGUAUGGUAUGUAGCCUAUAGAAGUUUUCAUUUUAUUAGCUUUUAAGUAAAAAUAAAAAACUCGAAAAAGAAAAAAACUUAGUUCGAUAGUAGGCUUUUAGCUAAAUCAAAAAAAUUCCAAAUCUAAACUACAAGUUGUUUUUAACAAAAAAUUCUUUGUAAUUUUGCAAAUUGAUUUAAUUAUCCUUCAAAAAAUCAUAAGUUAUUUUAUGUAAUUUUACAUUUUUUAAAAUAUUUUAGCUAAUUUUUGUUUAACAUGUAGAUGCAAAUUAAAGAUCUAGCUUUCGGUUUAGCUUUGUUAAAUUAGUUCGAUAUUUUUCUUGUGGAUCACUAGUAAAAAGCUAUAUAAGGUCAAACUCAAUUGGGUGUAAAUACGUCCACAGUCUUUGUUGUGGAUCACUAGUAAAAGACUAACCGACUUAGGCCUCUCAAUCUCAAAUGGGUUUGUUGUAGGCCUCUCAAUUCGGGUAGUACUUUUGUUGAACAUUCACAUAAUUAUUUCAAACUCAAAUUCAAACCGACUUAGGGCCUGUUUGAUUUGAUGCUUACCCGGUCCGGUCAGACGUUUUUGUCUGACUCGGUCCGAUCAAAUACAGUCAGACUGUUUGACUUGUAUCUAACCCAAUCCAUAUGUCUAACUUGGUCCACAAAUAAUCGCUGAUUCGGUCCACAAAAACAUCACAACUGACCGAGAAAAAUCUUUUGGUUGCCCUUAUCCCAAAUCACGCGUGCUCCUUAACGCAUCUUCUUCUUCGUCGCUAAAGUCAUGAACGAAUGCAAGUCUUAAGCUUCAUUGCUUCCUCCUCAACUACCGACCUCCUCCUCCACGUCGCCUUCCUCCAUACUCGUCGCAACCGCUGUCGCCAGCCUCGUCCUCCGCCAUCUCUCUCCUUCAUUGUUAGUUUCUUGUCUCGUCCCCUCUUUAUCUCUGCAAAACGAUUUCCAAAUCGAUUGUUCAAAGACCUAAUUAUUGAUUGGAUUUUGUUGCUCUAAAUGGUAUUUGUAUUUCUCAGUUUCUAGAAGGACAAAAAUUCUUCUUUGAUGGAGCUCUUACAACCAAUUUGAAGGAGCUUCACAUGAAUCCAAAUGAUUUGAAAGAUGUAACAUCUACAACAGUUUGAUGUUUGUAUGCUAGAGCUUCACGUGAUUUUGAUAAUAAUGUUUGAUCUUGUUGUAAGGAUAGAACUCUACAAUGUGUAAUUGGUAAAACUAUAUCUAUAAUUUGUCAAGUUAAACGUGAAGAUGCAAGAACUCAGUUGUAUCAUUUAAUUUUUUGUUUGUUAUGAGAUUGCAUUUAGUUUUA